UUUUGUUAAUUAUUUGUAGUUAUACGUAGUCACGUCUGAAAAUAUCGGUACGAAAAAUGUGCCAAAAUAUGUAUACACUACCUUAAUAUAUGGGCAGUAAAGUCGUAUGUACAUAUUUUUGGCACUUUUUCGUAUCGAUAUUUUCAGACGUGACCGUACUAUUAAAAUACUCUGCUCCAAAUUCAAACAUUUUAUCACUGACUUAGUACAAUGUGUCAUUUCCUAUGACAGUGGCAUCGAUUGCAUAUCCACGCUUGGUAACUAUCAUUUUGAUAUCCUCGUAUUAUAUAUAUUGUAUUUGACUCCUUGCUUUGUCUCUAUUAUCCAUUGUUAUGUGACUUGUUUAUAGAAUUGUAUUUUAUUUUUACCCAAACUUAUGUGAACUCAACAUGAAACACUCUCUGGACUUUAUCGAGGUGAUUCGUGUCAACUACUGUAUUCAAACGUUUGUUUACAUUGGUUUACUAAUGAUAUUUUUAUGUCAUUCGUAAUUAUACUAAUUACUAUUUAUCUACAUAUGGCACAUUGCUAAGCGCGAACCGGAGUAGUAUUAAAUAUAUUUUGAUGUGUUGAAUUAAAAUUCUCACUCAGCGCUUCUCGAGAAGUACCACAGAACCGGAACCAGAAGAUUAGUCCGUUUCCAUAAUAAUCACAUUAGCUUUUAGUAUGUUAUGGAGUAUAUCGAGGACUAAGCGGUAUUUUACAAUUUAUUUAAUUUCAUAACCCCAGUUACUCAAUUUAUCGGAUUUGACCGCUCACACCUCGAUAUGACCGCUCACAUCUCGAUAAGACUGACCUAAAUUUGUCGGGAAACGUGAUUCUUAAAUUAAAAUUUUAUUGCGUUGGGUUUGGUUUGUUUAUCAUUCUAAAAUGUUCAUACUGACUAUUGACAUACAAAUAUUUAUGGAAUAUGUAGAUAUGUGUAACGAGCACGAAACAAAUAUGUAUAAGUGUAGUUUGUCAUUGGUACAAUGUAAUGCAAAUGGUUAUGGGAUGCGGUAGUUGCUAGAUGAUUUAAAAACCACAGUUUCACGCUGUACAUAAGAUUUCGAUUUAUUUAUUUCAUAAUAUUAAAUUAUAUUGUAAAUUAUUGUAAGCUAAUCUAUAUGAAUUUAUAUUAUGAUCGUCAACUAUUUAUUCAAUGUUUAGCAGAAUUAAUUUAAAAUAAGGUAAAAUAAUUCGACACAUUUCUAUAAUCUCCUUUUUACUAAAUUGUAUAACUUUGUACUAAUGGUUAUAAAUGCGACUUGGUAGAUGUUAUGUUAUUGAAAAAUUACAGUUUCACACUGCAAGAAAAUAAACAACUCUAAUCUAGCAUUUUCCAUAAAGGAUCAUUAAGAAUAAUAUCAAUGUUUCUCAGCAAAUACGACUUGACACACUUUUGUCUAGGUAAAUACCUAGUAAAGUAGUUUAAUUACGAGUAACAUAAAAAUAUCAUUAGUUUAUGUAUUUUUAACAAUGUAAAGUAACGUUUGAGCACAGUAUAUGACACGGUCUACCGUAAUAUAGUCCCGUGAGUGUUUAAUAUUGAGUUUUGGUACCCGCUCAAGAUUGGGUAAACAUAAAACAAAGGUUUAUGAACAAAUUAUAAGCAUAAAAAUGGACAUUCGAACAAAAGCAAUAAAUGAAAAACAAUAUAUAACUGACGAAGAUGUCAAAAUUAUAGUUACCAAGUGUGGAUAUGCAACCGAUGCUACUACCAUAGAAGCUUACACUAUGCACCCCAUCAGUGAUAAAAUGAUCGGAUUUGGAGCAGAGUAUUUUAAAUUAAACGUACGUGUAACUACAUAUGAUGCACAAAAGUAUUUGUGUUUUUUCGUUAAGGUUGUUUCUAAAACAAAUGCUGCUAAAACAAAAAUGGCUAAGCAGAUGGGAGCCUUCGAAAAGGAACUAAUGUUUUAUGAAGUUAUCAAAAGGAAUAUAGAUAUACCAGGUUUGAAACCUUGGAGUGCACUAUUUGUAACAUACCUUCAAGACGUCAUGGUAUUUAAAGAUUUAUCAUCUCUACAAUAUGUGAUGAGAAAUAGACAUAAAAAAUUUGACGAGCAACACGUCUUACAAGCGCUUCGUACUCUGGCCAGAUUCCACGCUUGCACUAUCAUCUUUGAAGAAACAAAGACCAAAUACUUACAACGGCCUUACAAAGUGAAUGAACAGUAUAAAGAUAUUUUAGGGAAAGGCGGAUUCGAUGAAUCUAAUCCGUGGUUUGUUCAAUGCAGAAUCGGAGCGUUAGAAGCCAUAAAAGCCUUCUCAAAAUACACACUAAAUACAAAACACAUGGAAAUCAUUGAAAACCGAUGGAAUACCGUUUUCAAUUCCGCUUUAUCUCUAGCUGAUGCUUCGAAAGAACAUCGUAACGUCAUAUGCCACAGAGAUUUAUGGAAUAAUAAUAUUUUAUUUCAUUACAAGAAACUAGACGCCAACACUACUGACCCUGAUGACUGCGUGUUUGUGGACUUCGCUGAGAUACGGUAUAUGCCUCCCGCAGGAGACGUCAUGCAACUGCUACAUUGCAACUUGAGUCCUGGCUUCCGAAAAACCAACCUUAAUUCCUUCUUAAAUUUUUACUACAACCAACUUAAAGUAUCCCUGGGAAAUUAUAAUGUCGAUAUUAAAGAAACUAUUACACGAGAUAAAUUUAUAACGUCGGCAAAAGAACAAAAUCUAUGGGGUCUCGUAACACAUGCUUGUUUGGGUCAAACAUUUUGGUUGAAUGACGAUAUGAUGACAAAUAUAUCCAGAGACUCUGAGCAAUUUGAAACUGUUAUGCUGAACGACAAAACUACUUUCAUUAAGGAUACGGUACAAAGCGACAGUAUUUACAAGAAAAAUGCCAUGGAAGUAUUUGAAGAGAUUAUUGAAAAUUACAUUUUAAAUUAAUGUGUGCAAUUAGUGAUAAUUAUACACUCUCGGUCUCUCCCGAGAGAAUUUUUUUAAAUCUAUAAUUUGUACUGUAUCGCGUGCCACCAUUAAACAAUUAUAAUAGAUAUGUAGACA